CCCCCCGACCUCUGCCUUCUCACAGAUCCACAGCGUCUCUGGGCAGACUGCCGGUGCCUCGCCGGAGGCCUGGGUUCCCUUCCACUCCGCCCUGUGCGCCGCUAUCCCUCCGUGUUGGCCGCAGCCCGGUCGCUCUCAGUGCGGGCGUCCCGUUUAGACCGCGUUCUCCUUUUUGCCAAUGGCCGCUCCUCGAGACGCUGAGAUCCACAGGGAGGUUCAGAACUACUACGGAAAUGUACUGAAGACAUCUGCAGACCUCCAGACUAAUGCCUGUGUUACCCCAGCCAAGCUGGUCCCCAAGUACAUCCGGGAAAUUCUGCAGAAUGUCCACGAAGAUGUUACUUCAAGGUAUUAUGGCUGUGGUCUGGUUGUGCCUGAGCGGCUGGAAAACUGCCGGAUUUUGGAUCUCGGUAGUGGAAGCGGCAGAGACUGCUAUGUGCUUAGCCACCUGGUUGGUGAGAAGGGACAUGUCACUGGAAUAGAUAUAACUAAGGUCCAGGUAGACGUGGCUAAAAAUUAUCUUGAGUACCACAUGGAAAAAUUCGGUUUCCAGGAACCCAAUGUGACUUUUCUUCACGGCUGCAUCGAGAAGUUGGCAGAGGCUGGGAUCCAGAAGGAGAGCUAUGAUAUUGUCAUAUCCAACUGUGUUAUCAACCUUGUUCCUGAUAAACAGGAAGUGCUUCGGGAGGUGUAUCAAGUGCUAAAGCAUGGCGGGGAGCUCUAUUUCAGUGACGUCUAUGCUAGCCUUGAAGUGACAGAAGACAUCAAGUCACACAAAAUUUUAUGGGGUGAAUGCUUGGGUGGUGCUUUGUACUGGAAGGAUCUUGCCAUCAUUGCCCUAAAACUUGGGUUUUGCUCUCCACGUUUGGUCGCUGCCAAUAUCAUUACAGUUCAGAACGAGGAACUAGAACGCGUCAUUGGUGACUGUCGCUUUGUGUCUGCCACAUUUCGCCUCUUCAAACUCCUUAAGACAGAACCAGCUCAAAGGUGCAGAGUUGUUUACAAUGGAGGAAUCACAGGGCAUGAAAAAGAACUAAUCUUCGAUGCAAAUUUUACAUUCAAGGAAGGUGAAGCUGUCGAAGUGGAUGAAGAGACAGCAGCUAUCUUGAAGAACUCACGUUUUGCUCAAGAUUUUCUCUUCACACCCAUUGGCGCCCCACUGCCUGCUCCCCAGGAGUGUUCUGAAUUAGAAGCAAAGGUUAUAAUCAGAGAUCCAUUCAAGCUUGCAGAAGAGUCUGAGAAGAUGAAUCACCGCCAUGCACCUCAUGGCGCCGGAGGCUGCUGUGGCAAAAAGAAAAGCUGCUAGAUCUCCAGGCAGCAGGCAGCCCACCGGGCCGAGAGGGUGGCUGAAGAAUGGUUCACACACGGUUCGUAGCCUGGCCUGCCCCACAGACUAUGGGAAGAUGGCAAAGGCACCUCACUCUAGGUCAUUG